CCGCCUGAGGUAACCUUGGAGACCGGCGGGCGUCGCUGCCUGCAGCCGGGCGGAGAGGGGCGUGCGUGGUGUCGCGAUAGUCGGCGACAGCCGGGCGGAUAGGGGAUGGCGGGGGUAAUGUUCUGCGAGCCCCGACAACUCUACAACAUCAUCAACCAGUACCGGUGGAGAUCGCGGCUGACGGAGCCCAACUACCUGUGCCUGCUGGAUGCCCGUUCUCAGCGUGAAUUCAGUGAGAGCCACAUUAUUACAGCCCAAAGGAUUGAACUGAAUCCUGCGGGGCAGUAUCUGAUCCCGAACACCGAGGAGCUGGGCUAUGUCAGGUUCUGUGUGGUGUAUGACCACGACACUGACUUUUUGGGCUGCACUGACCAUCAGGAGGAGGAGAUAGAACCAGGGAGCAAUGCUUCUUCAGAGACUGAAAGCAGCAGCUCAGGUUCCACAUGUUCCCAGAGUGCUGGGGAAGGAGAUGCCCUUCUCCAUGCCAGAAACUUGGAGCAGUUCACUCGCCACCCCGUGCUCCUCCUGAAGGGAGGGUACAAGCGUUUUUCAGCUUGUUACACUUUCCUCAGGAGCCAGAAGACACUGUGGAUGCCUCAGGAACUGGACACCUUCCAGCCAUACCCUGUAGAAAUACUGCCUGCAAAGCUAUAUAUGGGCAAUUUCAAACAGGCUAGUGAUGAACAAAUUCAGAAAGAUCUGAAGAUCAAAGCACUGGUCAAUGUUUCUGAACAGCCUGUAACACUGUUUGCAGAAGAAGGUCAGUCCCUCCAUGUGUCUGUUCCAGAUUCACUCGAAGCAGAUCUUUUUUCUUCCUUCCCCACCAUUUCUCAUUUCAUAGACGCUCAGCUGGACGUGGGAGCAGUGCUGGUGUUCUCCAGCCUGGGGAUCAGCCGCAGCAGCACAGCCACCAUGGCCUAUCUGAUGCACUCCUGCCGCUUUUCCCUGCAGAGAGCUUGGAAAUACCUUCUGAAAUGCAAAAUGAACAUGAGACCACACCGGAGCUUUGUGGAACAGCUCUCAGCCUGGGAGAUCCAAAUCUAUGGGCACCCAGUCACAGACAUCUCUGAACCAAAUUACUGACAGAGAACUUGCCAUGGGGAAAGCCAUUCCCCCUUCUGGGGAGAAAGUUCAUUUAACUUUGUGUGAAAAAAGACCCAAAUGUAAUGGGAAAUCUUUCCUCUUUAGCUCCAUGUCAUUUUGGGUCAAGAUUUGGAGUCUCCUGGGGAACUCACCUGUGCUGGAGGAGUUUGGGGAAUGCAAGUCCUGCAGGAUGUGGCCCGUUAGACACAGCUCGACUCUUUUGUAUGGAUUAUAACCAUUCCUGUGGGGCAGUCAGUAGGGUUAUCUCUGUAAAGGUUUGUUAUCCAUGGUCUGGAAUAGUAAAUUUAAGGUCUGACAGUGCCCACUUCCAGCCCAGAGAGGUGAUAACAGAAUUUCCCUGUUUCAGAAUUCCCUGUGCCCUGUGAGUGCCUUCUCAGCUGGCCUCUCACAGACUCGCUGGCUGGAUUGUUGACAAGUUCACCCUUCCCAUUUGCUGCCUUCUAACCCUACACCCAAACAUCUGAGCACAGCUGGUAAUUCUAAAGCCUCAGUGCUGUCACAUGAAACCCAAACUCGGUACCCUCCUUUAUCUUCCGGCACUCCGAAUGCUCUUCUUUGCCAUCUCAAAAUAAAACAUGACAGAAAGCACUCCGGGCUUUGCAGCACUCUUCGCUUGGCAUUCAGCGGGGUUUGGCUUUCUCAUUCUGACACGCGCGGCCAGGGCCGGGAAUACACCC